AUGAGGCUAUGCAUUGCAAGACUUUCAACAAUCCUUCAUACUGCUGUUAGCAUCCUCAGAAAAUUGGUAAUCUUGCCUCAGAUGAAUGUAUCUGAGAAGGAUGAAUUACCGGAAGUUGAAGUGCAAGUGGAAGCUUUAGUUUCAGCCGAAGAGGACCCUUGGGAGAAGAUAAUCAGAGAAACUUUUGAGAAGGAUGGGAUAGAGAAAGAAAGAAAGAACAAAGCGUCAUCAAAUGUAGUAACUCCAGCUAAGGGAUUGCGUAGCAAUCAGGCAAAUGACUAUGAUAAUGUGUAUUUUAAUGAAGAGGCGAAUGAAGUUAAAGAAGAAAAUGCUAAACUUGUGGCUAAGAUCGUCGAACUUGAG